ACUAUGGGUCUGCCAUACAGUUGCUAAGGCAAAACUGAUAAGAUCAUAAAAUAUCAGUGGAAGGUAUCAGUUCUUCUAUAAGCGAACAAAACACCCUGCAGAUGAGAAGCAGAAAACGUUCCUUGUUAUCUCUGGGAAUGUCAUGCGUGUCUUGUGCAAAAUUUCGCUCCCUACUAGUGCAUUAUAUUGUCAAUUUUAAAAUUUUGAUAUUUGAAAUUUUCUUGUGAAUUUGUGAAGCAUUUGUUUAUAGUUAGUAAGAUUCUGAAAGCAUAAUGGUGUGCGGCGAAUAUACAACGAAGUUUACGGGUUCGAUUCAGCUUUUUCUGUGCGUUAUUUUUAUUUUAAGUAGCAUAAGUUUUGCCGCUAAUGUGACUUUUGCAUUUGAAGAAGAAUAUGUGACAUCAGAAGAUGACAGUAAUACUAUUCAAACUUUCAAGAUUUCCAAAGCAAUAUUUGGAGCAUUAAGGUGGAAAUUUGGAAAAAAUUCGUUUAUGGCCCCUUGCACUCUUGAAGAAGACUGCGACGCAGGGAUUCGUCUGAUAUGCCAAGGUGGCCGUUGUAUUUGCAAACAAGGUGAUCUCUUUAUUGAAUGGCCUAAAUACGGUUGUUUUAGCAAAGUUCAUAUGUUUGGCCAAUGUGAAGUUUCUGGACAGUGUGUUGCAAUGAAUUCAAAUACUUACUGUAAUCCUGACAAUGGAAGAUGUACUUGUUCUCCAAAUUAUUUUUACAAUGGGCGAGAAUGCAUACUAAGAUAUGAUGGCUCAAACUUAAAAGCACAAGAAGUUUAUAAAGCAGCAGUGGUAGCAGCAGCCUGCUUCAUUGUAGCUAUUGUUGGCAUAUUCGUGGCCUGUAUAGUGAGAAGAUGCCCUGCAUGCAGAGAGAGAUCAUUCUGUCGACGAGAUCAGCAUCUACAACAGAGUGGUUCAAAUCGCGAUGGAGACAUAUUUUCUAUCAGUGAUGAAAUUGCUGCCUUAAGAGCUGUUGAUAAACCUCCGUCCUAUGAAGAAGUGUUACAAAUAGAAAGAACGUUCUAUGGCAUUCCACCUCCAGAAUAUGCUCCUACACCUAGAAUUAUCAGUUCUUUGUCAGCAUUUGAGCCUAAUACAAACCGUCCUGCCCCUAUCCCACUCCCUUACAAUCCUAAUUAUGUACCUCCUUCUGUUCCUCAAGCUGGUGUGGAGUCAUCUUCAAGUAGAGAAUACUUAAAGGGUACAAAUUCAGUCACAGAAGGAGCAGUUGGUGGUUCAAGUGAUCCUCCUAUUGCUGAAGCAGCUGCAAAUUUCUUAGCUGCUGCUGAAGUUUUGUCUCCACCUUCAGAAACUAGAGAAAGCAUCGAAGUAUCCACAAUUGACUCUCCAUCCAUAUCAGAAAAUUCUAGUCAUCAUGUACAAUCUCAUUAUAUAUCUUCUACACCACCACCACCUCGCCUUAAUCGAUUGAACCUUCAAUCGACACCAUCUGGUUCAUCAUCAUCCUUGCCUGGUUCUCCCAAUUUAUGCUCUUUUAGAGUUUUGAAUCUUCCUAAUCCUCUUAGGAAGGGACUACUUAAACAAAAUUCUUCACCUUCAGAACAUAUUUCAGAUUCACAUGUUUCUACAGAGACUUCUUCCCAAAUAUGUUCAAGGAACAGUCCGCCCAGCACCUCAGGAUCGCAAAAUCAAGUUAUUUCUGCUAGCCAUAAUAACUCUGAAAACAAUCUGUCAGAACUUGCGUAUGAUAAUCCUGGAUUUGUGUCUGAUUUACAAGCUUAGAGGUCUGUAUAUUUUUCAUAGCAUAGCUUGAGCUUUGUUUAUUGAAAUCUUUUAGCAAAAGAGAAUUCAAUGUAAUUUAGCAUCAAAGAUGUGACAUACUUAAGUGAAGAAAUUCUGUGUCUGUUUCAUAGAGACUCUUAGGUGCACUUGAUUUUUAUCAUUGUAUAUCAUAUCUUCAUAUUUUUUUUUAUUGCAUUCUCAUUAGAUGUUUCUUGCUCUGUAUAUUUUUGAUUAUAAGAUGAAACACUAUGUGUUUCAGAUUUCAUUUGUUAUGUACCAUAUAUUUCCAGUUAUUUUAAAUUUAGAAUGAUGAAUAGUUUUAAACAAGGAAAAUAACAAAGUGCAUUAGUUAUGUGCCUUAUUGUUAUAGCUUGAUGUAUUUCUUCCUAGAUUGCUUGCCAUGAAAUGUUAGAUUUGAAAAAUUUUAUGAUAGCGUAGCAUAUUUCACUAAUAGAAAUUUUAACAAUGUUGUUGCAAAAAUUUUAUGAAAGAAUUUUUUUAAAAAAAUAAGUGUUCUGUUAUCUCAAAAUUUCUGCAUUCAUAUCAUUUGUUAUUUGACACAUGAAAUUAAUCUUUUUCAUAAUAAACUAUAUAUAUUAUAUUUAAAGUUUUGUUUUUAUUAAUCCUUAACAGAAUAUUUGUUGUAUUUACUUUUUAGAAAAGUAAUUAUAUUAAUGACUCUUUAAAUUAAUAACAUUUUUUAAAAUAUAAAACUGUUUGUGAUCCUAAGAAGUACAAAAUUACGUUUUUAAAUUAUUUUAUUAACAGAUUGGCAGAAUUAUAUUUUAUGGAAUAUCUUCACACUCCAUUUUUUUUAAAUGUAAGACAAUUUAAAUUAUUUUGCUUUUUUUUCCCUAUUAAUAUAUGCUAAAACAUGAAGAAAUCAACUGUUAUCUUUAAGUAUAUAUAUAUUUUCAAAGCCAAAGAUUCUAAUUUUGUUAAAUGUGUCUGUAUUUUGCUAUAUGUAUAAUUAAUUAAAUAUAUAAUGACUUUCUUUGGUGAAUGUUAAAAAAUUUCCUUUCUAAACUAUUCAUAGAACAACAUAUAAUCAUUAGUUAUUUUUCUCAUUUUAAUAUUUGGUUGCUUUUUAGGAUAAAUUAAAAUUCUAAUGAGAAAUAAGCUUUCUAUGUUUUCUUAAGUACAUUCCUGGAAAAUUGAUGAAUUUACUGAUAAAAACAAUUUUUUUUCUCGAUUUGCAAAAUUUAAGCAGCAAUGUUAUUUAUACGUUAUUUUUUGAAAAAGAAAAGAAUCAUAUAAUUUUAGCAAUUUUAGAGCUGCUGUUAAGCAAAAAUUUUAUUUGGACUGUGUAAUUUCGUAAUAGAUAGUUAUAAUAUAAAUUUAAAAUUUAUACUCAGUAGUUUUUGAGACUCGCCAUUACAUAAUUUUUCAUUUUAUUUUACUACUAUCAAUUGAAAUGCAAAGCAUAAUAUGCUUUCUUAAAACUUUUUAAAAAAUAUUAUUUUUUGAUCAAAUUUAAUAAGAAUGGUGCCUUUUCUUGCUGCAUAUUUUGCAGUUCUGUGAAUCUAGUCAUUAACAACAAAAAAAUUAUGCAUGUUUUUUUAAUAGAGUAAAUUCUUAUUUCCUUUUUUAUAAAUAUAUCAUGUUUGAAAGAUUUCUUUCUGUGAAUAUUAUGUGCCUAUUCGUCCUCAAUUUUCUUUUCUUUUUUGUUUAUGAAAUUAUAUUUUACUGAAUUCUAAGCACUUGUUGAGUUUUUGUGAUUUUCUGAAGUUUUUCAUAGUUUAUUUUUUCAUAUUUAACAUGGCUCUAAUAUAUCUUACUUUAUAGGAAACAUGAGUAACAUAUGUAUUUAUAUUUUUCCUCUGGUAUGAUAUUGUUAUUCAUGCUUAAUAUUCUCCCCUUUUAAACUCAAUAAUAUAAAAGACUAUUAUAUUUUUUUGUGUUUCUACAAAAUUCUAAAAUAUUCCUUGUUAAGCAGUUUCUUUAUUGAAACACAAGAUUGAUUAGCUACUGCUUUAUCUUAAGAUGUAUUUGUUGAAAAUGAAUUGUAAUUUAAAAAUUUCUGUUACAAAAGUUAAGUGCUUCUAUUUUUUUUUUCCCUGAGGAAAUGCAAAAAAACUUUAUAUAGCAAUCAAUUUGAAUUUAUCGAUCAUAAAAGAUGGUUUAGAUGACUUUUUGUAGUUUUAUUAAUAAAUAUAGAAUCACAGUUGCAGAGUAUAAUAUUUAACAGAGAGAUUGAGUACAAAUUUCUUUUAUAACUAAAUUGAAUACAUUUAUUAUGAAUUCUUAACUUUUUUAGGUAUUAUUUUAUUCUUAAACGAAAAAGAUAGCAAUUAAGUUAUUAGUAAAGGGAUUUGGGGGCAUAAAUUUAUUAGCAUACUAUAAAUUUUCCCAACUUCAUUCAUCGUCAACUUGCAAAAUCACCGAGAAUGGUUUUUGUUUUCAAUAUCAUUAAAAAUUAAGUUAAAUCUUGUAAUGAUUCCCACCUAAAAUUAAAAGUAGGUAAUUCUUUGAAUUUAGGGACAAGAGUUCUAUGUUUUUAAUAUUGUCUAGAUUAUAUAUUGCAUUAAUGAAGCAUUUUAUAUAUAGCUAGGAACUAAUGUAUGAUUAAUCUUAUUUGAAGUAUUUCAUAUAUAUUUUAAAACUUUUUUCUGUUUAGAAGAGAGUCAUAGAAGAAAAGGAUUCAUACAGUAUAUAUGGAUCAAUUUUUUAUCCAUAUAUACCUGUACAUUUAAUAGCUGUUACUUAUAUAUAAAAAAAUGUAUAUAUAUUGUUGAAUUCUAAAAUAAAUUAUGCCAUUCAUUGAACUAUUAUGUUAAUAUAGAAGCAGUUACAGAACUACUUGAAGUUGUGAUAAAAUCAGUUUAAUCAAACAAUAUUUAUUCAAUAUUACUAUUUAAAUGUAAAUUAGUAAAAAAAAAAUUACAGUUAUAAAUUCUUCAUAUAUAGGUUGUGGCUACCAAAUUAAAAGGGGUAGCUUUGAUUUUAUUUUAAAUUUUGGUUUGAACAGAUUUCACAGUUAAUUAGAAUUCUAACUUGUUUUAUAAGUGUUAUAUUUUUUCAGGAUUUUGAAAUAAUGGAUAAUAAAAAAGAGAAUGUGAUUAUCAAUCAAAUUUGUACUCAUAAUUUUAUUUUUAUUCAUAUCAUCUAUUUAAACAAUCUUUACAAGAUGUUUCAAGUGUAAUACUUAAAAAUAUAUGAAUACAAAUAUGUAUAUUUCUAUUUGUGAGGUAUGAAUCAUAAAUUGUUCUGUUUCAUGUUUCAGUGAAUGUUUGCAUAUUUUGUUGCAUAAAAAAAGUAUGAGGAAUGUUAUUUUUCAUUCUAGUUACUAUUAAUUGUUAACACUAAUUUAUUUGAAAAUGCAGUAGAUUAUGAGAUAGCUAUGAAAUAUCUCUUCGAGUCACUAACAUACCUCAAAAUUUUUAGUACUUUAACAAGAAUAAUAUCCUACCAAACUAUUUGAUAUUUUAUUUUUGUUACUUAAGUUUAUUAUAUUUAGGUUCAUAAAAGUUUUAUUGUAAGUUAUUCAUGAUGAUAUAUUUGCUCUUAUCUUUAAUGUGAUGUUUCAGAAUAAAAUAUCUUUAUUUCAGAAUGAAGUAGCCAACUAAUCAAAAGACUUACAUACUCAUAAAAAUUAUUCACUUGCCUUCAUAGCAUUUUAUCCUGAAUAAUACUCGACAGAUUUCACUAGUUAUUUAAAGGUAUGAAUUAAGUAUUUUCCAUUCCUAGAAACUAAACAUUAAUAUUGAGCUUUUUCAUUAUAGUUUAUUAUGUGGGACCAAACUUGAUAAGUGAAAAAUAACUUCGGUGCAAACAAAAGUUGUAAUGUAUAUUCAUAUAAAUAUUUUAACAUAGAAUUUUUGUAAACUGUAUUAUGCAAUCAAAACUGUUUUUAGCAAAAAAUGCAUCAGAAUUAUUCUAUAUUUUAAUUUAUAUUGUAAUUUUGUGUGAAAAUACUCAGGUUAUUUCUCAAAGUUAAAUAUUUUUAUUACAUCUCUGCCUAGUCCAAAGAAACUAUGAUUUGAACCCUAUAUGUAUGUAAUAAAGUAUAUGAAAUGUAAGCUAAUGAAUAGAAUAGAAUUGCUUAACAUAUAUAGCUUGCCACAAUAAAAGAUUUAUUAAACCCA